AUCGUUCUUCUAUAGAACGCGAAAGUAGUCGCUAGGUUCUAAAAGUCUUUCGACGCUCCUGUCUUAACCGACCGUUCUCUUUGCCCCACUAUUCGUAUCUUGAUGCGCACAACGUCAAGUUUAAUUUUCUGCGCCGCGUCUCCCCACAAGAAGCACACUGUUUCCGAGCAUCCCGGUUAUCCCCUCGCAGAGCGGGUCGAUCGUUAACGCGUACAAGUACGGCCAUUGUGUAAAAAGAAGCGUCGGCGCUCGGUUAGUGUGCCCUGAGGACGAGACGUGUAGUUUUUUCCAAGUUUUCCUCUUGUGAUAUUUAGAUUGUGCCAAUAUAGUAACGAGGGAACGAAGCCAGAAAAAUGGAAGACGACCAGCAGUUCUGCCUUAGGUGGAAUAAUCAUCAGAGUACAUUAAUCCAAAACUUUGACACGCUUCUUGAAAGCGGGACGCUUGUAGACUGCACGCUGGCGACAGAGGGGAAGUACUUGAAAGCCCAUAAAGUAGUUCUAUCUGCGUGCAGUCCAUUUUUUGAGGUGCUCCUGAGUGAACAUUACGACAAGCAUCCUGUCUUCAUAUUAAAAGAUGUUAAGUUUAAAGAAUUAAAAGCAAUGAUGGACUACAUGUACAGGGGAGAAGUUAAUAUUUCUCAAGACCAAUUGGCAGGACUUCUUAAAGCUGCUGAGUCUUUGCAAAUUAAGGGUCUAUCAGAAAGUAAAACAAGUGGGAGUAACAAAACAGACUCGAGGCAGCAAAAGGUAGUUCCGCAAGCAACGGCACAACCAACCGACAUUCCACAUGCGUCUUCCGGUCUUACAAUAGAAAAGAACAAAGUUCCUAGGCAGGGUAUGGCACAACAAGGUUCCAUAGGGGAUUUGGCGGAGGACUCGGGAAGUCCUCAAAUACCUAAGGGUCUUUCCUCGAGGGAAGGUUCACAAAGUCCUACUUCGAGGAAAAGAAAAAGAUUUAGACGAAGAAGUAUAGGCGAUGAUAAUUCUGUUGAAAAUCAUGAAGCGUCGAAUUCAAGCGAUAUGCCCCAACAAAUGGGUGUUCCUGCGCUUGGAAUUGCACCCGUGGCAGAUGAAAAAGCACAUGCAGACUCGACAGACACAAUAGGAGGAAGAUCAGCUUUAAUGACGCAGCUGACCAAACCUGCUGAUGAAAUGUUGCAGUUGCCGUUGGAAAAGCCAGAACCAAAUGAUAAUUUGAUCGAGCCAAAGUCUGAAUAUUUAGAAGAUCCAGAAGAAAGCGUCGAAGAUCUGACGUUGGAUGAUGAUAUGAACGAUUUGAACGAGAUGGAACAGGAUAAUAAUAGAGCCGGUCCGUCCCACGACCCCUCACAACAUCCUGCAGGUAUAGGUGCGUGGCACGUUACCGGCGAUCGAAGUAAUGCGGGAGGAGUUGUGGGCUCGGUGGCAGGAGCUCCAGGAACGACAGACGAAGUCUUUCUUGCAGCCCAGGAGGCCGCCCAGGCCCACCGCGACUCUCAAGGAAUAAGGACGAAAAGGUCUGGCGUUAUCACCGAUAUCACAGUAGCCGUACAGAAGUUGCGUAUUCUUCGUACAAACAUCACUGACAGGAACACGGCGAACGAAGAACAGUACUACUUCGACAGCGAGUCGUUUCUUAAGAUGACGUCGAACCGUAAAUCUAACGAGAAGGCACUUGCUCCUACUAUAGCCAAUCAGCAUAAACUAAGCGAAGGCACACGCGUUAUCGUUGUAGAUAAGAACGAACGUAGGAGAAAGGCACGUGCCGUCGCUUCUGGCGAUCAUGAUCAUAACGACGAUCAUGAUUACAAUCGCGAUCGAGAUGGAGAUGGAGAUGGAGAUGGCGAUCGCGGUGAGGACCGUGACCGGAGCCGCAAACGGGUCGAUCGCAACGACGAAGAAACCAAUAGCAGCAGCCCUAACAAGAAGGCGCGCAAAUCCAAGCUUGUAACAAUGAAGGAAAAAAACUGUAACGAAGAGGCGAUUAUUACGGAAAGCGUAUCGACUGAACAUGGUAGCAAAGUUAUUGCCGUUUAUUCCGUUUUGAAACGCAACGAAAAGAACUUUCUUACCCCGAUUUACAAGCGUCUAUGCAAUAGCGAAGUGUCCAUUACGCUGGUAUCGAAAGGAAAGCAAAAGGAGGCACGUGUUGCAAAAGCCGAUAAUCACGAGUGCAAUAACACAGAAGCAUCGGUUAGGAGGACUGAUAACCGCGAACGCAACGAAUAUCGCAUGAUAAUGAACGGUGAAGGGAACCAACGGCGUGACGCGUCUGCCGUGGAUCACGCUUCUGUUACGCAUUACGAAAAUAAACGCGCAAUACCCGUUCAACUGGACAAUUCGAAGGACAGAAAGGAGCAAUUCGAUGCUUCGUCCACGCAAGUUACUCCUACUAUAUCGAAUCAGAAAACACGUCCUCAAAGUAACAUAGUGAAAAAUAUAGCGAAUAGAAAGGUGCAGGAGAAAAGACGGGUUAGAACACCUGCUAAAUCCGACGAUACGCCGUACGAAGUUACCAACACGGAUGCGUCUACCGUGAACGAUAUUCCUAAAGCUAGGAAAAAGAGACGCCUGGCACUUGAUAAACCCAAUGUGGAUAAAAGUGACAAUGUUCACAUUCACCGGAGUACGACUAAGCGCAGCGAUGCGCGAAACCAAGAGGACCAGCUCGAUACGUUAGUCGUGAAUAUCCACCGCCGUAGUGCGCGUAUCGCGGAGAAAUAUAUCGAAUCUGAUAGGAUUGACCAAGUUGACAAGACCGGCCUGCAAAUGCUGCUUGGAGAAAAUAGCACCGACCAAGAAUCGUGUUCAAAUUUCAGCAACGAUAUUACCGAUUACGUACUGGAUGUGUCGGAUGAGAAUUCUCAGAGUAUCGUAAAUUCGAGUUCUCCGGGGAUACUGGAGAUUACCGACGACAUGGAUAACAAAUCCGACUCUACGAUUGUUAUUUCACGAACUGACGAACAUCCAGAUAUUGCCACGUCGAGUAAGAAUCACGUGGACGAAGAUAAGUGGAUGGAUACCAACGACUUGGGAGAAGAUGCGUUUCCUUUCCGAUGCGAGUAUUGUACAAAACGGUUUAAACGACCUACCAAUUUAUCUCGUCACAAGAAUAGUAAUUGCUUUCACAAUCCCAAAUCGACGAUUCACAGUAGCGAGGAGACUUCAUUUAUUUGCAAAUGUGGUCGUCGUUUCAAAGAAGAGAAGUCACUGGUAUAUCACCGUCGACACGAUUGUGAAAAAUUUAUUACCUGCCCAAUUUGUAAGAUUACGUUUACAGGUGCCUCUCUGCCAUCGAGACACCUAACCAAAUGUACGCAGAAAGCGGAACAACGAAAGCAGCUGCUUAAAGAGAAACAAAAGGAGACAGAAAAAGUUGCUCCCAACUAGUCUGAAGAGAGAAAUAGACCGUUAGAAAGAGAGUUAAUCGAACUGAAGCUUAGUUGGGAAGAAAGUACCCACGGAAGCAACAACGUACUCCAAACUAACUGAUAAUAUGCUAAUGAUGAUCUCACCGUGCAACAAGGCUCGCUUCAAAAGCAACUGGAGUAAGAUCGGCGGGAGAGUAUGAAGAAAAGUUGGCCGGAGGAAUCAGAACAAAA